CCCUGCCGUGUCCCUGCACAGACGGCCCAGGCCGAGGAGCAGCUGCGGCAGCGCUCGCAGCGGGAGGAGCAGCGCGUGGCCGAGCUGGAGGCGCAGGUGGCCCAGGCGUCCGAGCUGCUGGGCACCUACGAGAAGGGCAAGCAGAGGGACCAGGCCACCAUCCAGAGGCUCAAGGACCGCAUCGUGCAGCUGGACCUGGAGAACAAGACCUUGGCCAUGGCCGCCUCCAGCCGCCCCCUGGACGAGGUCGCCGUGGACGAGGCCACCCUGGACGUGGCCGUGCUCAAGGAGAAGAUGGAGAAGCUGCGGAAGCUGCUGCAGGCGGCCGGGAAGGGCUCGGAGGAGCCGCGGGAGCCGGAGCCGCCCCCGGGCACCGGGGACGGGGACAAGGCCCCGGGCGGGCACUGCCAGCAGGAGCUGCGGCAGCUCAAGGAGGAGUUCGAGCGCUACAAGGCGAGGGCGCAGCAGGUGCUGAAGAGCAAGGCCAGCGAGGACGUGGGGCUGGCCAGGGAGCUGGAGGAGGCGCGGGAGCAGCUGGCGGAGCUGCGGGACAAGCACGUGCAGCUGCAGCUGGCCACCGACGACACGGAGAAGCGGCGGCGGCAGGAGCUGGAGGCCAAGAAGCAGGAGCUGCAGCAGCUGCAGCAGCUGCACCGGCAGGAGCUGGAGCGCUGCCAGCUGCAGUUCCGCGAGCGGGCGCUGCGGCUGGAGGAGGAGAUGCACAAGCAGCGGGACCGCGCGCUGGCCGUGCUGGCCGAGAAGGACCGCGAGCUGCAGCAGCUGCGCGCCCUGGCGCCGCCCCACGGCCCCCAGCAGAGCGGCCGGGACGGCGCUCCCGGCGACGCCCCCGGGCAGGAGGACUCCUCCCAGAUCCUCCCGCAGGAGCUGCAGCCCUGCCCCGGCUCCGAGCCCACCUUCUUCCUGUACGCCGAGCAGCUGGCGCGCAAGGAGGUGGAGAUCGCGGCGCUGCGCAAGCAGCGGCACCGGCUGGAGCUGCAGCUGCACCAGCUGCAGGGCCGCGCCCUGGCCCAGGACGACAAGCACCGCGAGGAGCUGGCGGCGCUGCGGGCCGAGCUGCAGAAGAGCUGCCGGGACAGGAGCAGGGAGGGAGCCAACCUGGAGUACCUGAAGAACGUGGUGUUCCGCUUCCUGACGCUGCCCGACGCGCGCGGCCGCCAGCAGACGCUGAGCGCCAUCCUGGCCGUCCUGCACUUCAGCCCCGAGGAGAGGCUCAGCGUCGCCCAGAGCUCGGCCCACGGCUCCUGGUGGCCCGGCAAGAGGUGAGGGCCGGCCUUUGCUCCAUUCUCCGCAGCGGCUCCUUCCCGAGCUCCUGCUGCCGGCCACGCCCAGAGCUCUGCGGGAUUUCGGCUCCGGUUGGUGUUUUGUGCCGGCUUCUCCACCCUCGAAGCCUCUGCGGUGGGAAUUUGCUCCGAGUUGGGACUUGAUCUGAAGGCCGUGGAAGUGAAGAUGCUGAGCUUUUUGUAAAGGUGAUUUAAAAACAAUCCCUGCCUGUCAGGCGUGGGAUCGGGUGGAAUUCACUUGGAUCUUCAAGCUCCAGCCAGGCUGGUGACUCAGAUGAAAGGGAAGGUGGGAAGCACUUUAGGUGGAGCUGAAAUAGCACCAGGCCCUGCAGGGCUCAGGAAGAUGGAGCUCAGUGCAGGAAAUGUUGGACGUUUCCCCCUCAGGUUUUUUCCCAGAGCCAGAUUUAACCAGUGGAUGCAACUCCAGGCUCACCCAGGGGCUCAGGCUCGCCUUCCAUCCCAGGGAUCCUCUCUGGGUUAUCAGGGAUUCCAGGAAGGAGAAGGGAUCUCUCUAUGGAUGACUCCCCCCUGAGCUGCCUGGCCCUGGCUGGGAGCUGGAAGCAGAGGAAAGGCUGAAAUGAGUUCCCUGCUCCUGGUUUUUGAGGGAUCCAGGGAAGUUUGGCUGCUCUGUGGUGCUGAUUUUGGAAGGGAGGGGCUGCUCCUGCUGGAGGGACAGCAGGUGUCAGCUCCUGGUGACAGUGACAGCCUGCCCAGGGCUCAGGAACCUUGAGGCUCUUCCCUGAUUUCUUGGGAAUUGGUGAAAGAAGGAAGCCAGGACAUCCUGAAGUGCCCUGGGGUGUUCUGCUGGCAGAGCUGCAUCCCUGGAUUUGGCUUUUCCCAGCUCUGCUCCCCUGGACCCUCCAGAGCCACCUCCUCUGAACAGGCAGAGCCUCUCCAGGGGUCGUUUCCCUGCCUUGUGCUUGGAAUUAAAUCCUGGCUGCUAAAGCUCAGCUUCCCUAGCCCAGAGACAGGGAUAGGCCUGGGUUAACACCCCAGGGGGGCUGGAGCUGAGUCUAGAGCAGGCUUGGGGGCAGCUCCUGGUGCUGCUCUGCCCACAGAGCCUUGGGAAGGAUCCUGGGACAGAGAGCCUGGGAUAAACAUUCCUCCUGCCACAGCCACCCUGGCACUGCCAGGGACAAGGACAGGGACCUGCAACUUCCCUCCUUCCCUCCUUGGCUGUCCUGGUGCUGCCAGCGGCCAAAUUCCCUGGAUUCCACUCUGGCCAGUGCAGCCCUUGGUGCCAAUUUCUCCUCCAAAAAAGUCCUCAGGGAAAACGUGCCCCGGGCAGAGGCUGUCCCUGCUGGGAGGGGGACACGGCUGAGCCCUUCUGGGGCUCCAUCCAGGGAUGUUCCCACUGGGAACAGGGUCCAGGUGCUGCCCUGAGGGGGGGAACUGGAUGGGAGUGGGAGAGUUUGUCCCAGGGAUGUUUGAAACGCUCCCUAGGGAUGAAAGUGCAGGCUCAGCCCAGCCCCUGCUCCCAGCUUGGAAAUGUUGAAUCAAGGGGUGCCUCAGGAAUGGCAGGGAUGGCUCCAACCCUUUCCCUGGAGCCAUUCCCACAACUCCAGAGGGAGGGGGAGCCUCCCCCUGCUGUGGCUUGGCUGCUCAGGCUGAGGGGAUGGAUCCCUGUUCUCCCUCUGCUCCCGCAGGGUGGAGGGACCUGGAAUGGAUCCCAGGGGGGUGGGGCCCAGCAGGGAGCAGGGGGACAACGUGGGGUCACAGCCUGGAGCAGGGAAUCUGUGUGGGAUCCAGCUGGGAGAGGAGGGACAAGGACAAGGUGGGAUCCAGCUGGGAGAGAAGUGCCCUCUGUCUGUUCCUGGCAGAGGAAGAUGAGGAAGCUGCUGCUGGGCAGCAUCUCCAGGAGCGCCCAACUCGGUGUCACUGUCACCCCCUGCGGUUCCCGGUGCCAUUCCUUCCUCUGCUCCCCUCCAGCCCCUCUCCCUCCUGUUCCCUCCUUCCCUCAGACCCUCCCCCACGUUCCUCCCUCCCUCCUUUCAGCCAAUAUUCCUGAAAUAAAGGUAAA